AUGGAGGUUUCAAACCAAGACCAAAACCUGCAAGCGAUUAUAAACGCCGCUGUUGCUGCUUCACUAGAAAAGACCCUUGCUUGGGUGCUGCCCAUUGAGCCCAAAGAUACCAAAAUUUCGGAGCCCCCGCACUCUGAUGAAGAGGCGGAUGAUUCCGAUUCUACAAAAAGGAACCCUUCCAAACUCAAUAAACGAUAUUGGAAAGGGGAUGGGCCAGAAUCACUCAGAUGCAAAGGGAAAGAACCGGCGAAACGCCCAAAACAAGUGGACGCCAAAAAAAACCACUCCAUACAACCUACUUUGUCGGAGGAGGAAGACGACUCUUUCGACUCACACCCAUUGGCCAUUCUAGAUGAAUGGCAAGCUGGCCACUCUUCAGAAGACGAAGAAGACUGGCCUGAGACAUCUUUCAGAGAAGCACUUUUCCCUCAAGAUAUCACGGGAGACCCCACAACGGAGGAUUCAGUACCCGAAACCUUUCUGGAUACGCUUG